UCGAAUUGUAGAUCAACAUCUUGUUAAAGUUACGGUAACUACACGCGACGUUUGAACGCCGAAGCUCGUUGCCACAGCUCGUUGCUGCUGUGUGCCUGUCUGAUUUUGAUACACUGCCAAAUCAAUGAAGCUGCUCGCUUUCUUGCCAUCAACUUAAUGUACAUGUAUAAGGCCCUGGCGAGCGUAUAAAGCCUCGGCAACGUCAUCAACGCAAACAAACACGUCCUAAAUCGCACACCUCUCACAUUCAUAGCAAUUACGCAUGACAUGUUCACAGCCUUGCACGAGCCAGGUCAAGGCUCAGGUUUUGAACACGCGUUGGCUGGUGCCUCGAACGUUCACCUCGACCCGCCCGUGACCGGGGCGUUUGGCGGCAGCGCCCCGGCCGCGAUGGUCAUUGACCCGACGCCUGUUUACCACCGUGCUAGCAUUGGAGACCAUGGCUGGGGACAGGGCUUAUGGACCAGCCCCACUGGCCCCAGCGCCUAUGACGACGCCCCAAGUGUCAGCUUCCUGGGGUCGAGCUUAGCCGCGGGCACGCCUCCUGUCGGAGAAGGCAGCAACGGUGCUUACUUCGACUGUAGCCUUGGCCGUGCUGGCGACGGAGGAGGCGGCGGCGGUGCCGGCGCAGGCGGUGGCGGAGGUGGUACCAGCGCUGGGUGGGUGAUGGGGGCGCAUAAUCCACAGCCGCAGGCGGGAGCGGGCGGCGGCGGCGGCGGCGGCAGCGGCGGCGGCGGCAGCCGAGGCCGUCCCGGUCGCAAGCCACACCCCCGGCCGGAGGACCUUCAGUCGCACGUUGAUGCGCUGAGUGCGCAGUUUGGGCGCCUGAGCUCGGAGAACCAGUUCCUCAAAUCCAAACUCAAGGCUCUAGAGACAGUGCUCCCCUGGCGCGAGACCAGUCUUAACUUCCUCGCCUCCCUGAAGGCCGGCGGCAGUAGCAGCAGCAAUGGCAGUAGCAGCGGGGGGCCAGCUGUAGCAGCAGCGGCAGCAGCAGCAGCAGCACAUGCCAGUUCGCACCGGCACACCGCUGCUACUGCCGAGCAGGGGCGGUCCGGCUACUGCAUGGGCAGUGGCGUGGGCAGUAGCAGGCCCGGCGCCGCAGCCGCGGGGGCGCAUGCUACUGCCACUGCUGCUGCGCCUGUAUUCCACGCUUCGGUCGCAGCAGCGGCGGCGGGCGGCCCACCUCAAUACGGUGUGUCAGCGGGGCAGGAGGGCAGCGCAGGAGCAGGAUUGGCAGGAGCAGGAGCAGGAUUGGGAGGAGCAGGAGCAGGAGCAGGAGGAGCAGACCAGGGAGGAGGAGGGUCCUUGAGGGGGUCGCCGGCCGGCUGGGACAACAGCGCAGCAGAGGCAGCGGUGGCGGCAGCAGCGGCAGGCAGGGCCGGGGUGCACGUGACGACAUCCGUGGCAGCAGGCUCGCACCACCCGCAACACCACCAGCAACACCAGCAACACCACCAGCAAUACCAGCAACAGCAACACCAGCAAUACCAGCACCAACCACAACAACCACAACAAUCACAACACCAGCACCCGCACCAGCACCAACCACAGCAAGUCCCCCUGAUAGUGGCCCUGUGUCCGGGGCUGGAGGACGGCGAGGUGCCCGACAUCCCGCCGGCGGCCAUUGAGGAGCUGAAGCGUGUGGGGGUGGCAGAGUUCUGCCUCCUGUGGAAGCACAUCGCCAUGCAGUCGAGCCUGCUGGGCGCGGGUGCGGAGGCGGCGGGCCCGGGCAGCGCCAAGGCGGCUCGGCUGUCGCGCUACAUGGAGCGCAUGACCGAGUACCUGGACAAGGUGAUACGGCUCAGCCCCCUGUGCUGGCUGCAAAGCAUGCAUGUGAAUGUGGAGACUGGGCUGCGUGAGCGACCCUCCGAUGAUUACUGGCUGGCUGUAGGCCGCUACGCCAACCUGUCCCGGCCGCAGCUCCAAGAGGUGGCGCAUCUGGCCCAGCUGCUGGACCAGGCCGUGGAGCCCGUGGUGCAGGAGCGCGCACGGCUGGCCUCCCAGCUGUCCUCCCACAUCCGCAACACGCCGGCGCGACCCACGGCCCUGGACGCCACAGCGGCCCUGACCGCCGUGGACGAGCUGGCGGAGCUGCUGCAGCGCAACAUGCAGCUGGAGCUGCGCACACACGACAACGUCACCGACUUCCUGUGGCUCAGCACGUUGAGCCCGGUGCAGGGGGCGCGCGUGGUGGCGGCCGCCUACCCCUUCGUGCCCGACGCCCUGGCCAUACUGCACGCCUGCAGGCAGCUGCUGGGCAGCUGAUGGGCAGCUGCUGAUGGGUGUGUGAUGGGACAGUGGUAAGGCAGGUUGGUGAAGUCCUGUAGGGUGCAGCUGAUUCCCAAACCCCGGCAGAUGGCAAACACUUUGCAACGGCAGGACAGGAGUGCGCAGGAGCAGCUGCUGCUGGGUAGCUGAGCGGCGGCUGGAUGUUUGGAGGAAUGCUUGUGCAGUUGGUUGGAUGUUGGUUGGUUGGGUUUGUGUGGCACGUGAGCAGCGGGGCAGCGGAGCAGUUGGUGAGUGGAGGAGGGAGCGUGUAUGUGAGGUAGUGCAGUUGACUGCUGGGUUUUCAAGUGGGUGUGAACUGGGUUUUGAUAUGGUGUGGAUGGUGAGCAGUGAGUAUUGCAUUGUACGCGUGGGGGUGAGCUGGGUUUUGAUGCGGUGUGUCAGCAGGCAUGUGUUCAAGCCGUGUUGUGCUUGUGUUGAUAUUGACGCUGUCUGUGAUCUGGUGUCAGCUGGGGUGUGCAACACGUGCAAUGUAAACACAGCACGUGCAGUGUCUAUGGGCUAUCGAUCGUUAGGCAACCUAUCAUGCUCGAGCUUCUGGUUCCGGUCGUAUGUUCACGUUAGACAGGUGUUUGGGCAUUACAGGGUGUUGAAGGGCAUUGGGCACGAGGUGACCAACAUUCAUGCAGACUACGUGAUCCUUGACGAAUGUCAUGAAAUACACCUUGUCUGUAAUGCAGUCGCUGC